AUGCACCAUGUGCACCUCAGAAUUGGCCGCCAUGAGGAGUCGUAUGAGCGGACGCGGUUCAAGGAAGAAGAACUUGAUGUCCCACAGAAGAAUGCUGUUGUCAGUCAGGUUGAUAACCCUGUCAGAAUCCAGCAUGCUGAUGUCCUUGCACUCUCUGGGGGCGAGCAAGUCGUGGAGCCCUCUCACUCCCAAGACUUGACCGAACUCCCACACACAAUACGCGACCCUCCCUCGACCAUAGACGAGAUCGCUGCCACCGAUCGGGUUGAAGCUCCACGAGUUUCUGGAGUGUCUCUGUCUGUAUUGCCUUCUUUGAUCUGGAUUACAAGAGCAGACCAGAGAACUCGGGUUCCAUAUGCUCCUGAGGUAGUGCACAUCAACAACGAACCGCUCAUCAAAACCGACGAUCAUCACUUUGUCUGUGCCACGUACGCAGAUUGGUUGCUCAGAGGAGAUAAUAUCACAGUUCGUCAAAGACCUUAUCAGCACUGGAGCAGUGCGCGGACAGCAGGUCGGCCGCAGAUUCUCUUUGAGCUUUAUCCGAUCGGUCAGUACGAAUACACGCCGGCAAACGGCCGACGGAAAAAGUCUCCACACGAGUUCCAUCCACUGUUGGAUCCAUAUGGCAGGGUGUACCUCACCGCCGAGAACCGUGCACUUAGGUAUUCGCCCGCCAUGCCGUUCCAGAUCAGCACGGAGAUAGAGGGGUGGGAAAUGGAAGCCGUGUGUCGCCUUGACCCGGAUAUCUGCCACCAGGAUUUCGUCGACCGCAUGAUCCCCAACCCUGUAGGCGGGAAGGGCAGACCGACUAAAGGCACGCUGAAUCACCGACGCCGUCGUGAUCGAAUGAAGAUGAGAGUUCUCCCGUGGCCAGUUCCACGCCAGCUUAGCUACUCAGAUAGUCAAGUGGUCGAUCAGCUUGAUGAGUGGGGACUGGCCAACAACUCGACAGCUCGCCUGAAAGAUCUCACCAAAGAGGAGAUCGAUGUUCAGUGCGCCAUCAUGUACGGAGGGCAUCUGGAGAGGUCGGGGGCCAACGCGCAGAACGAUCAGGCCAGGCUGCGGAACUUUAGGUCGAAUCUCGCCUUGGUGCGUACAGCACACGCAGAGGAUUCAGAAGAGGUGCGAACGGUCAAGCGCCGCAUCGCUGAGCAACUCGAGAAGAUGGGCUUGCGAUAUGACAGCCACAUAUGGGACGUUUCGCCGCAGCAGGAAGAAGGCUGUCAGCCAGUGGCGAGAGAGUGA